CUAUGUGUUGGUGUGAAUGAAUGAGAGAGGGGGGUGUGAAUAAGUGUGACUGUGCUGGGCUCAGCGUGAUUUACGGCUCUGCUGAAAACUGCUUUCCCUGCAGCUUCAGCACCACCAGCAGCAGCAACAAGUCAGGAUUGAGAGAGUAAUGCAACAGCACACUUUUGAAGAAAGCAGACACCCCUGGCAGGAGUCAUUUGAAAAUGUCAGCAUCUGCAUGCCAUUUCGUUGCCCACGAUGUGGUGACCACACUAGAUUCAGAAGCCUUUCUUCUCUGAGGGCACAUCUGGAGUAUAAUCAUAGGUAUGAAGAAAGAAGCCUUCUGACAAAAUGCAACCUCUUUUCUUCCCUCAAAGAUACAGACUUGCUCUCUUCCUCAGAGACCAUGACUCAAGGAAAACUGGGGAACCCCAGCAAUGCAAUAAAACAAAAACCAUCCUACAUAAGUUUUUGUGACACCUCACAUGAGAACCCAAAGAACAGAAAAUCACUGGAGAUGGAAGCUGAAAGGCCUGUCUCUUUUGUGGCAAAUUACGGGUCAGCAGACUUCACAGAUGAGCAGAUUUCUAAACCGCAGGUUCCAAUAACAGACUCCAAAGCCUCUUUUGAGGCACAUGUACGAGAAAAGUUUAAUAGGAUGGUAGAAGCUGUAGAUAAAACAAUAGAGAAGAGAAUUGACAAGCUUACCAAAGAGCUGGCCCAAAAAACGGCUGAGCUGUUGGAAGUUCGGGCCGCUUUUGCGCAGCUGUCUCAGAAGAAACAGGAAGUUCAGAGGCGAGAGAGGGACCUGAACAGACAGGUGGACGUUGCAGUUGAGAUGAUUGCUCUACUGAAGCAACGUCUUACAGAGUCUGAGGAAGAACUUCACAGGAAAGAAGAAGAGGUUGUUACUUUUAAUCACUUCCUGGAAGAGGCAGCUGAGAAAGAGGUCCGUGGGAAAGCCAGGCUCCAACACUUCAUUGAGAAUCUAUUGCAGCGGGUUGAUCUGGCAGAAAGACAACUAGAAUAUUAUCAAAAUCAGCAGAUAAUGUGCAAUUACAAUGAUGUCAAUGAACAUAUGUUUACAGACCUCUCAUCAAAUAAGAAACCCAGAUGCCUAAGCCGAGGAAAUCAGCAUGGUUCAUAUAAUAUACCUGAUGCAAAACCUCAUUCCCUUCAAAAAGAUAGAAUGUUCCUAAAGAAAAACAAGGAUGACAAGAACAGCAUCCAGCCAGUUACAUUCUUCUAUGAGCCUGUCGACUCCUCAAGAGAGCUAUGGAGGCCACAGAAAAGAGGUGAACCAGUGAGUGCUGCCCGAAAGGUGAAUUCAAAAUCCAAGCAGGGUAAAAAAGGCAAAUAGCUACAGUAACAGAUUAUAUCAUAUAACAACACACAGGAGUACUGGCACAAGGCUUCAACAAAACAGAUAUUGAAUCAUGUCUAUUAGCUAAGCAUUGUACAUUUCCUAUUCAUUUGUUACGCCAUAAAAUAUUAAAUAUAAAUAUAUAAUAUAUACAGUAUGAAAGAAUAUUUUUAUUAUUUAGGAAUUUUGUUUCUCUUUUGGGGUCUAUAAGCAAAGUAACAUUUAGUUAUGUCAGUUUACAUUUGAUUUUUCUAUUUAUUUAAUGCUAGAGCCUAUUGAAAACGAUCCCAGUAUCUUGCUGUAUACUAUUGUGGCCAUAUGUUUUAUAACCAGAGAUUUUAGUGGCACCAUGUGGUUUACUAAUCUAAUUUCCAUCUAUGUCAUUGCGUCAGUUCAGAAGAAUCCAUUUAAUUGGCAUCCUGAUACUCAGUCUUUGCGCUUAAUUUGUGUGAUUGCCAGGAAACAUGUUCAAUGACUAAACACUACAUAUACCAGGUUUCAGAGUAGCCGCCGUGUUAGUCUGUAUUCGCAAAAAGAAAAGGAGUACUUGUGGCACCUUAGAGACUAACAAAUUUAUUUGAGCAUAAGCUUUCAUGAGCUACAGUUACUGUACUCCUUUUCUUUUUACAUAUACCAGCACACUUAGUUGUGAGAAGUGCAUUUUAGUGUAAUCCUACAGUGCUGUCUUCAAAGCUGUUCAUAGCAGCAGAUUGGUAUUUGCAAUCCUGAAUUUUCUCUGUGCAGCCUUGCAUGUUCAUUUCAUACUCCUUCCCUGCUUUACUAUAGCUGCUAAACAAAUUGAUUUUACCUAGGGCCAGAUUCCAAGCUGGUGUAAAUUGACACAGCUCAAUUAACUUCAGUGUUUGCUUUGAAAAUGCUAUAUGCUUUGUAUUUUCAGUACUGUUACAACUCCUGCCAUUGUUGAUCAGCAGGAAUUGAACUGGGGAGCUCAGGCCUACAAUCAGAAGCUACUUUGUCCAUGUCUACACUGCAGUUAGACACCUGCAGCUGGUCCAUGGCAGCUGACUCGGGCUCACGCCAGGGCUCAGGCUGAGGGGCUGUUUAAUUGCAAUGUAAAUGUUUGGACUCAGGCUACAGCCCGAGCUCGGGGACUCUCCCACUUCAUAGGGUCUUAGAGCUCAGACUUCAGCCCAAGCCUAAACGUCUACACCUCAGUUAAACAGCUCCUUAGCCCAACUCCUUAGGGUCAGCUGGCACAGACCAGCCUCGGGUGUCUAACUGCAGAGUAGACAUACCCUUUGAUUAACUCCAUUACCAACUAGCAGUAGUAGUUUCUUUCCCUCCAUGGAUCAGCAGCUAGAGGGAAAGAUAAGGUACACUAUGUGCCAGCUUGUUCCACUGUAUUAUGUGUUUUUAGGCAAUUAAUGAAUAUUUACCAGCACAGUGUGUUACAUGAUCCUCUCUUAAUUGGGAUGAUAAUUUAGGUCCCAAUCCUGCAAAUUUUCAUCUGUAUGAAUACUCCUUUCACACACUAAUACUUCCAUUGAUUUCAAAUAAACACAUAUGAGUAAGGAUGUUAGCAAGGAUUGGAACCUUAACUGGAAUGUCUCUACUUCCACUGGUUUGUGCCAAUUAAAAGGAUUCUACUUGAUCAUCGUGUUCUUCAGAAUUAAUUGUGUGUGUAUAUUUUUGGUAGCAUUAAUCCUUAUGACAAGUUUAUAAAUAUUAGCAUCCUGUUGAGAUUACUGGCAAGAAUUGUUUUCUCGAGAAGAAAAUAAAUAGCUGAGUCAAGUCUCUGUUUAAUUUAUUUUUUAAACACUCUUAACAGAUGCAAAUUGUCUUUGUGGAAGCUGUUUUUUAAAGUACAUAUAUAAAGAUGUGCAGAAAAUGUUACUUGUUUUUUAUAAUUAUGACUGUAAGCCUAACAGUGAGAAGAAGCAGAAGAAAACAUAUCACCAUGACUAUUGCUGCAAUAAACUCUAGAUUUGCAAUAUAUUUGAUAUAGAAGAUAACUAAUAUGCUAAAAUGCAGGAAACAACAAAUGUCACACAUUUUUCAUUGUAUAUAAUUCCCAGAGUGUACCAUAGUGAAGAAUGAAACGAUUGAGUUCUCACUUUUAUUUAAGAUAAUGUAAAUGGAACUAUCACGCGCGUGUUUAAACUUUCACAACACUGUUUCAACUGAAAGUCACAGUGUAAAAAAAUUCAGGUAUUUAAAUUGUUGACAUUUUAAUAUUUGUUUAGAUAUCUCAUUGUCAAAUUUAUCAUUAUGUCAUGUUAUAUGUCAUGUGCUGGUAAAAAAAAAAUUGUUAAUUGUAUUGCAUGCUGUUUUUUGUCCGGUAGUAUCUGAUGAGAACCAUCUUGUGCAAUCCAUGCUGCCAAAAAUUCUUUUAAACUUUUCUACUGCUUCCCACGUUAUCAGCUUUCUUUGAAAAAAACUGCAGAUCUCUUUAUGAAGCUAAUAAAGGGGGAUGUUUAGAAAGGACUUAAGUAAAACCCAUUAGCCCGUUUCUUUAUUUAGUCAAGAGUAAAAGUCAUUUUUUUUAUUUUUCAAUACCUUGUCUACUUUUUUUGGAUGAUAAGUCACCAAAGUUAAGCACAACUAUUCGUAUGUCAUACAUGAGAGGCUUAUUUUAUUAUUUGUCAUCACUUGAAAUCUUUACUAUAAGUUGCCCUUUUAAAAAAAGAAAGUUGCAUGUUCUUUAACUUUCUAAAUCCUAAACUGGUAAAGAUACCAUUUGCUGACUCAAUGCCAAACCAGUCAGUUGCAAAGAAAUUGAAAUAUUCUGUAACCCCCAGAAAAAAUUUUUAGAAUAUAAAAAUUCUAAUAACAAAGAUGUAUUUCUCAGU